AUCAACCAUUCUGAUUAAAUCCCCCUCCAAAAAUUUGUUAAAAUUCUAAAAGGAUCAAAAAAUAAAUCAAAGUCCAAAUUAGAAAUUACUCUUAAUAUUUCGUGGAUAGGAAUACCGACUGUAAUCCGUUCGAUAGCGGAAGCCAAUUAAAAUCGAACCGAGCAGUCCAGUGAUCGCGAAUAUACACAAGAUAAAGAAAUCGGAGGAGAAUUUGCGACGCUCGGCGAUUAGACGGGCGCCGUGAAUUUAUUUUGGUGUUCUAAGAUCUUUUGUAUUUUGUUUUUGUUCUCUAUAAUAUCAUAUCAUUGUGAUAUCAUUUCGCACUUUUAUAAAAGCUGAUAAAUUCAAACUUUGGAUUUUGAUUUUUGAUUUGUGCACUUCGAUCGUAAUACGUUAAAAUUGUAAAGCGUGACGAAAAAUUCAAAUCUUAAGAAGACCCGAAAUCGGAAGCGGAAUUAAAUUCGACUAACGUUGGGGACAUUCGCAUGCAAAAUGAAUAAGUUUGUUUCCCACAACCUGGGCCGGGAUUCAUAUCGGACCUUCAGCCCGGAAAUGUACUCCUCAUUAGCAAGCCCAUUGGGACCUCAUGCAACGGAAAUGGCGGAGGGUAAUGGCGAACUGUUAGAUGACAUUAAUCAGAAAGCCGAUGACCGUGGCGAUGGCGAACGUACAGAAGACUAUCCCAAGCUGCUGGAAUACGGUCUGGACAAGAAAGUCGCCGGCAAACUGGAUGAAAUCUACAAAACGGGCAAGUUGGCUCACGCCGAGCUGGACGAGCGCGCACUGGACGCGCUCAAGGAGUUCCCCGUCGAUGGUGCCUUGAAUGUGCUGGGUCAGUUCCUCGAAUCGAACCUGGAGCACGUGUCAAACAAGUCCGCCUACUUAUGUGGCGUGAUGAAGACGUACCGCCAGAAGAGUCGAGCCAGCCAACAGGGCGUGGCCGCGCCCGCCGCUGCCAUUCAGGUCAAAGGUCCCGACGAGGACAAGAUCAAGAAGAUCCUCGAGCGCACCGGCUACACAUUAGAUGUGACGACAGGUCAGCGAAAAUACGGCGGACCGCCACCGGAUUGGGAGGGAAAUGUGCCGGGCAAUGGUUGCGAGGUUUUCUGCGGCAAGAUACCCAAGGACAUGUACGAGGACGAACUGAUUCCGCUCUUCGAGAACUGCGGCACAAUCUGGGACCUACGCCUCAUGAUGGACCCAAUGACGGGCACAAAUCGUGGUUAUGCAUUUGUCACAUUCACAAAUCGCGAAGCGGCCGUCAAUGCAGUGCGACAGCUCGAUAAUCACGAAAUAAAACCCGGCAAGUGUCUGAAAAUAAAUAUAAGCGUACCGAAUCUGCGCCUUUUCGUAGGCAAUAUUCCCAAGUCAAAGGGCAAAGAUGAAAUUUUAGAGGAAUUUGGUAAACUUACAGCUGGCCUUUACGAGGUAAUCAUAUACAGUUCGCCAGAUGAUAAGAAAAAGAAUCGCGGCUUCUGCUUUCUCGAAUACGAGUCACACAAGGCGGCAUCUUUGGCCAAACGAAGACUUGGCACUGGUAGAAUUAAGGUAUGGGGAUGUGAUAUAAUAGUCGACUGGGCCGAUCCACAGGAGGAGCCGGAUGAACAAACUAUGUCCAAGGUUAAAGUUCUUUAUGUGCGAAAUCUAACCCAGGACGUCUCAGAGGAUAAGCUGAAGGAGCAAUUUGAGCAAUAUGGAAAGGUGGAACGCGUUAAGAAGAUAAAAGACUAUGCCUUUAUACACUUUGAGGAUCGUGAUAGCGCCGUCGAAGCUAUGCGUGGCCUUAAUGGCAAGGAGAUCGGCGCCUCGAAUAUUGAGGUCUCUCUCGCCAAACCUCCCUCGGACAAAAAGAAAAAGGAGGAAAUUCUGCGGGCUCGUGAGCGCCGUAUGAUGCAAAUGAUGCAAGCGCGUCCCGGGAUCGUGGGAUUUGAAACCUUGUCUCCAUACAGAAAUCUGUCGCCGACACAUCCCAGCAUGAUGUCCUUGACGCCCAUGCGCCUGCAAGGGGCGCGCAUGCCGCUGCGUACGCCGAUACCUCGCGAAUACGAAUACGAUUACGACUAUUUCGGUUUCUCGGACUACCGCCCGGGUACUUAUGCCACCAACGAGUCGUUCUACGACGAGCUGUACCGCUCCUAUGAUGGGGAUUACAAUUACUACGAUUACCAGAGCGGCGCGGGCAGCGGGGGCGGGAAUGUGGCCGGCGGUCCGGUGAUUCCGCUGCCGUCCGGCGGCGGCGGCUCCUCCCAGAACUCACCGCUGGCCAGUGGGCAACGAUCGGCCAGAUCCUCAGCAAGUGGUCCCAGUGGUUCGACGGGCAUUGUGGGAGUUGGUCGUGGGCAUGGAAUCACAGUGCCGCGUGGCAGAGUCGUUGGCCAGCGUGGCAGCAUCAGUCGUCUGGGGGCCCAAACAGUGCCACAGGCGGCGGCAGCGGCAGCGGCGGCGGGACAGGCGGCGGCGGCGGCGGUAGCUCAGCGGGCCACCGGUCAGGGGGCGCCGGCAGCAACCGGGGGGGUCCGUGGGGUGGUGCCAACGCGUCCCAGCGCUCGUGGCACCCAGCACGUCAAGCCGCUACAAAAUUUACCAGUAGUCGGUAAACGUAAGUUCGAUGGAGGUCACCAAAAUCCGGCAGAUGUUAAGCGACGUUACCCGAGCGGUUUAAUAGGAAAUGGCGGCAGUUGGGGCAGUUUACCGCUACCACAGCAACCUUUAGGCACCAAUGGUGAACAGUGGUACAUGGAUACGUUUUCGGCAUGGAGUUAAAACCACACAGCAACAACAACAACAACAACCCAAUUGAAAUCAGUUAAAAGCAUCAUUAACAACAAGAACAACAACAACAGCAGCAACACAAGGAAGUUACAACCAAAAAUAAUUAUUUUCUCCGAACAAAAUCCUGGAGAAGAAUCCUUCGCGUCAUAGUAAACACAAAAAACAAAAAUAGCAAACAUUUAUAAAAGCAAUAAAUUUAAUUUCAACAAACUA